CCAUACAAUCAAUUGAAUUUGGAUUAAACAAAUUGAAUUAAUUAGAUUCUUUUGGUAAUUAAUAGAAUGAUAGGUUGAAUUUAAAUGAUCACCCUUUAUACACAAAUUCCAAUUACAGAACUUAUGUAGCAAAGAAUCCAUAAUAAUUCGUACGCUAAUAUCCAACUAGCUAGUAUAUAUUGUGAGGUUCUCAUGCAUUUCCUUUAGUGGUGGGUGUUGUUUAACUAAUAAAUAAAUGUCAUUUCCUUUCGUAGCAUAGUAAUAAUACAUUUAAUUAGAUUCUUUCUCUCUAUAUGACUAUAUAUAGUGCAGGCUAUUGGUCUUAAGCCAAACAUACCUCUAAAUUGAAAUUCCACUGCUGACUCCAUCUCUCCCUUCCUACAUUAUAUACUCCUCCUCGUUUCAUUUUCUGCUCUGCCCGCCGAACGUUAUUUCCAGCCCGCAACCACCUUUUAAGUUUAAGGUACGCUAUCAGUUGAUCAUCAUUAUAUUCAUAUAUAGCUAGCUCAACAAUAAUUAGUAAGUUUAAUCGGUUUCAAUCCUGGGAAAUCCAGAUAUAGGAAUGACCCACAUACAUUUUCGAGGUGAAUCAUUAACCUACCUAUUCCACAACAUAUUAUCAUGAUAACUUCUCCCCGGCUGCCAACCAAGAGAUGUUCCGGAACACUUUUAAAAUCUGGGAGAAUAUAUAUCUAUUCUUUGAUAACUGUUAGUUUGUAGAAAAAGGAAUAAGUUUAUUCCUAUGUGUUUGAACCAUAUGUUGAAACUAAUAAGAAAGAAAAUGUAUUUUUACCACAUAAAAAUCUUCUUUUUUUUUUUUUGUUAAAACAAAAAUACUACAUUAAAUCAAACCCCAAUGAAAUACAAGUUUAUCCAAUAUUUUACUAUUAAAACAUGCACUAUAAGUUUUGUUCCAUUUCCGAUUACUAUAGCCAUUUAACUUGGUUGGAGUUGGAAGAGAUAAUUACUAACUUGGUUCCGCUAAUUAACCAAAAGGAUUUUUGGUUGUUAACUUAAAUACUUUACCGACACAUGAAGGAACUCGAUGAACAAGAAUAUUUUCAUGCCGUGUAAAUUAGGAAUACGUACAUGUUCUUUAGCAAAAGUCGGCCGCAGAUCUGCUCAACAUUUUAAGUUGUGCUUAAUUAAUUAUCUUCAUUUGCUACCAACAUUAUUGCUAAGCGAGGAUAAUAAUUCUACGUAUAGAUAUAUAUUAAUUUAUAUAUAUAUAUGUUCUACCGUGUUCUGUGUUCAUCGAAAUUUGAACUUUUUCUAUUAUCACAAGUCAUAACCAGUUUAAUCGAAUUUAGCAGCCGGGGUGGAGGCAACACGAUGAUUUGGGGCCAUGGCUUAUUAAAUCUUUUUAUGCUGUAGACUAAUCUAAAGGUUAAGAUGUUAGUUUAGUGGUAAAAGCUCAAACUCUUACCAAUUUUUGACGGGGGAGAUGAUGUGUUCGAUCUAUGUGGUUGUAUUUUCCUGUGUUUUAUUUUAAUAUAUUCAGUUUUCUAUCCAAAAAGUUGGAUCACAUCAAAAGUUAAAUUUUCGAAUUUUUAGGUAGGAAGAGGAAAGGAAUAAAAAAAUAAAAUAUUAUAUUCACAUUAUAUAAAUUAAAUAUUUACAUAACCUAUAUAUCAUAAUAGUUACUUUAUUCAAAUAUCAUAUCCUCAUAACACAUAUACAAUAUUCGCAUAACACAUAUAUAAUAUUCAUAUAUCACAAUUAUCAUAUUCAUAUAGCACAAAUACAAUAUUCAGUGAUUAAAAUGGAUUCUAAAUCGUAAGAUUUCGAGUUGCAUUUUUAUAAGGCAAAACCAAUAUGCCAAUAACACAGAUAAAAUAUUCUUACAAGACAAAUACGAUGCUCUAACUAUUACUAGAGGCAAUUGACUUAAACAAAGCAGUUGUAUUUUACUAUGAAACAAAUAUCUCAUCUCAAGUGAUUAAGGGUAGCAUCUAUACCCGCCCCCUGACUUUGUACGUAAAUAUCACGGUAACUUUCAUGAAGUAUCUCAACAUCAAGUGGUAGGGUUAUAAGAAUAUGAUAGAUUGUGAAUGGAAAAAGAAGAGAGUGUGUGUGAGAGAAAGAGAGAGUAAGAGGUCUAAUUAGUAAGGAAUGAUAUGAAAUACUUUUUUCGUUAAAGUGAAUAAAGACAUGGAUAUAAACCUUGUUAAAAUAUAGGUAAGACAAAUUAGAAUACAAAUUGAUUGCGUACCAUUUAGAAUGCAUUUUAAUUGUCUUUGAUACGAAUAUUGUGUUUGUGUUACAAGAAUAUAAUAUUUUUGUUACGUGAAUAUUGUAUUUAUGUUUGAUAAUAUGAUAUUUUCGCUAUGUUAUUAUUAUGAUCCACAAUACAAUUCACAAUAUUUGUCCAUAAUGUGACAUGGAUAUAAAACUUGUUAGAAUAGAUGUAGGAUAAAAAGAAUCAUUUUAAUUCAUUUUUCAUAUGUAUAUUGUAUUUGUGUUAUAGGAAUAUAUUAUUUAUGUUAUGUGAAUAUUGGUUUUAUGUUAUGAGAAUAUGAUUUAUUUCAUUCCCUCUUGCUAUAAAAACUUGGACCACAUUAAAGUAAAAAAAAUUCAAUUUUAUAAGGACUUUGACUCGAACCAUGUAAAAUCAUAUGAUCCAAUAUAGGUGGAACAAUGUAUUUUAACACAGGCGAACCUUGUCUGGAUAAUCCUAGUUUAAAUGGUUUUGUCUCGGACGAAUGAUCCUAUUUUACAAGGUCAAUCUAUCCUAGAACAAACCAUGUCAUUUUAUAUGGUCCAAAAAAGAGAAGCAAAGUGGGGCAGGGAAAAAGAAAGGAGAAGAGGAAGAUUUGUUUCAUUAAGGAUAAAUAGGUCUUUUUAUAUCAAAUUAGUAAGGCAAUUAGUAAAAAGUAGUGCGGUGAAUAACAAUCCUGUUGUUUGAAGGUAGUAGAACCACCACUACCACAACCCGCAGUGGCAAGGAGAGAGUUUCUUCGUCAGCAAGAGUAAAGAACAUGUCCACUUCUUCUUCAGAAAGUGUUAUGGUUCCGACAAUGGCUAAUGAGGAUCGCCACGUUGAUGGAGGAGUGAAGGAAGAGAUCCAAUUGUUGAAAGCAAAAAACGAGGAUCCUUAUGGUGGAGUGACUGUGCUAGUGAGCGAGCAUAUGGAAAUUGCAGAUUUCGUGCCUCGACUGAGACAUUCCAUCUCCAAAUGGAAGGAACAGGGGAAGAGGGGACUUUGGAUGGAGUUGCCGAUAAACCAGUCUCACCUAGUGGAUUCAGUAGUCAAGGAAGGGUUUAGGUUUCACCAUGCUGAAUCAGAUUAUGUGAUGCUCGUGCGUUGGCUGCCUGAAGAUGAACCUGAUACUCUACCUAUCAAUGCAUCUCAUCGAGUUGGUAUUGGGGCAUUUGUGCUCAAUGGAAACAAAGAGGUAUUGGUGGUCAUGGAGAAGAAUGGAGGUUUCAAAGGCACAGAGUAUUGGAAGAUGCCAACUGGUGUAGUUGAUGAGGGUGAAGACAUCUAUGCAGCUGCAGUAAGAGAAGUGAAAGAAGAAACGGGAAUUGACGCUGAAUUUGUCGAAAUAUUAGCAUUCAGGCAAAGCCACAAGUCGUUCUUCAGCAAAUCAGACCUGUUUUUUGUAUGUAUGAUGCACCCACUUUCUUCAAACAUCACUGCUCAGGAAUCAGAGAUUGCAGCAUCUAAGUGGAUGCCAAUCAAGGAGUAUGUGGAACAGCCCUACAAUAAGAAACAUGGACAGUUCCAAAAAGUUGCUGAGAUCUGUAGAGAUCGAGCAGCAGGAGCAUAUGUUGGUUUCUCUGCUGUGCCAGUCUCAUCAGCUUCUGGGAAGGAAGUUUACCUCUACUGUAAUAAUAACAAAGGCAGCAAAUUGUAGAGCACUAACCUCUAGUCUUGACAAUCUAUCAAUUGUGGCCAACUUUAGGAUCGGCAUUCACCUAUUAAUGUUAUCUAGUAAUGCUGCCUCUUCCUUUAUAUGACUGCCCAGUAAAUAUAUUGUCUAGUUGAAGUGAAGCACUUGUAGCUCGAUUUUUCCAAAGCUAAUAGCCUAAUACACAGUGAAAAAAACU